ACACGCGACUGGUGUGUGAAAAGGAACGUAAAACGUUGAACGUGUUAGAAUAAAUUACGUUCACGAUCACCAAAUUGCACACAUUUGUGUAAUUAAAGUACACGAAUUUCGAAAUCAAAAGAAAUUUUUGUAAGGGAAAGUGAGUGUGUGACACAUAUGUGCUGAUUUUCAUUUCAUUUCCGACAAUUUUGUUCGAUGUGAAUAAGUUUGAUUUUGUUGUUGAGUUUAAAAUCCAAUCACUUUUGUUUUCUUUGUUACGUGUUAAGUUUUUUUUUUGUUUGCGAGAGUUACAUUGAGAAAAGAAACGAAAAAUGUCGAAGAAACGUGGAAAUAAGAAGAAGGAUUUUGAUGACGAUUUUGAUGAUACGGCCAGCAAAGUAUCCUCGGUAGCAGACAGUGAUAUCACCAGUGUCAGCUCGAAAUCGGCAGCUUCAAAGAAGAAAGGUGGCAAAGCCAAAGGUAAAAAAGGCAAAAACGAUUGGAGUGAUGAUGAGCCAGAAACUUUCGAUAUCGAGGAGUCUUCGUCGAAAAAGAAGAAAGGAAAAGGUAAAGGCAAACGAGAUGACAGCGAUGACGAACCAGUUGGAAUCUCAAAAAAAUCAGAUAAGAAGAAAAACAAGGGCAAAAAUAAGGAUUCGGAUAAUGAAGAUGAUGCUGCCAGCGAUGAUGCAAGUGAAGUUUCAUCAAAUGCGCCAGCCAAACAACAAGCAAAAUCAAAGAAAAAGGGAAAGAAAGGAAAGAAAGAUGAUGACUGGUCAGAUGAUAACGAAGAGGAAGAAAGUAAACCAGCGCCAAAGAAAUCGGCCCAAAAGAAAGGUAAAAAAGGCAAAAAAGGUGAUUGGUCUGAUGAUGAUGGAGACGAUGAUAAAUUAGCGUUGAAAGAUGAAUCCGAAGAGGAAGAAGCUCCAAUCGCACAAAUCGCCAAGUCAAAGAAAAAGGGCAAGAAAAGUAAAAACGACGAUGAUUGGCCUGUUGAUGAUAACGCCGAAGAGGAGAGUAAACCAGCGCCAAAGAAAUCGGCCCAAAAGAAAGGCAAAAACGGCGAUAAAGAUGAUGACUGGUCAGAUGGAAACGAAGACGAAUUGGAUUUAGAGGAUGAAUCUGAAGUGGAAGAAGAUGAGUUUCCAGUUGCACAAAUUGCCACCAACAAGAAGAAAAAUAAGAAAAACAAAAAAGUCAUAGAAAUUGAAUAUGAACCACUCUCAGAUGCACCACUUUCAGAUGAUGAAGAUUUACUCGAUGAAGUUGAAGAUAUCGUAACUGAAUCAUUGGCAAAAGUGAAAUUAGAUGAGCCAGUAGCAACUCCAGAGCCUGAACCGAAAAUCGAACCAGAGCCCGAAAAAGUGCUAACUCCUGAGGCUCUGCCAACUCCUCAGCCUCAACCAGAACCAGUAGUCGAAAGCCCAACGGAACCAACGAAAUCGCCUAGUCCUGUGAACGAUGAAGAGGAAGUAAGCGAAAAGAAGGAAAAACGCAUUACAAACAAAGAGAAGAAAAAAUUGAAAAAACAACAAGAAUAUAUACAACAAAUGGAAGCGCUUACGAAAAAGGGUGGCCAAGGUCAAUCGGAACUAGAUUCGAAUUUUACAAUGUCACAAGUGCAAAAGAGUGGCGGACAAAAAGCGGCCUUGGAGCAUGCGGUUGACAUAAAAAUUGAAAAUUUCACCAUUUCGGCAAAAGGAAAUGAUUUGUUUGUGAAUGCAAAUUUACUCAUUGCAGCCGGCCGUCGAUAUGGUUUAGUUGGACCAAAUGGUCAUGGUAAAACAACAUUAUUGCGUCACAUAGCAACGCGUGCAUUUGCAAUUCCACCAAAUAUUGAUGUAUUGCUUUGUGAACAAGAAGUGGUAGCCGAUGAUUUUACCGCCGUACAAACAAUUUUAAAUGCCGAUGUAAAACGUACGAAAUUAUUGGACGAAUGCAAAGAAUUGGAAGAAAAAAUUGAAGGUGGCGAUUUGGAUAUUCAAGAUCAAUUAAAUGAAGUGUAUGUUGAAUUGAAAGCAAUCAAUGCCGAUUCGGCCGAACCAAGAGCUCGUCGUAUUUUAGCCGGUUUGGGCUUUUCGAAAUCAAUGCAAGAUCGUGCAACGAAAAACUUUUCCGGUGGUUGGCGUAUGCGUGUAUCGCUUGCACGUGCACUUUAUCUGGAACCAACACUUUUAAUGCUCGAUGAACCGACCAAUCACUUGGAUUUGAACGCUGUUAUUUGGCUCGAUAACUAUUUGCAAUCAUGGAAGAAAACCCUUCUGAUUGUUUCUCACGACCAGAGUUUCUUGGACAAUGUCUGCAAUGAAAUCAUUCAUUUAGACAAUAAAAAAUUAUACUAUUACAAGGGGAAUUAUUCCAUGUUUAAGAAAAUGUUUGUGCAAAAGCGUCGUGAACAAUUGAAAGAGUUUGAAAAACAAGAGAAACGUAUAAAAGAUUUGAAAGCACAUGGACAAUCGAAAAAAGCAGCCGAAAAGAAACAAAAGGAAGUUUUAACGCGAAAACAAGAAAAGAAUCGUAGCAAAAAUCAAAAGAACGAUGACGAUGAUGCACCACAAGAACUAUUAUCGAAACCAAAAGACUACAUUGUUAAAUUUAGAUUUCCCGAACCACCACCAUUGCAACCGCCAAUUUUGGGAAUUCACAAUGUCACAUUUAAUUUCGAUGGACAAGCACCAUUGUUUGUCAAAACCGAUUUCGGUAUUGAUUUAAAUAGUCGUGUUGCCAUUGUCGGACCAAAUGGUGUAGGAAAAUCAACAUUUUUGAAAUUAUUAGUUGGCGAAUUAGAGCCGAAAGUAGGCGAACAACGGAAAAACCAUCGUUUGCAUAUCGGUCGAUUUGAUCAACACUCCGGCGAACAUUUAACAGCUGAAGAAAGUGCGGCCGAAUACUUACAACGUUUAUUCGAUUUGCCACAUGAAAAAGCGCGAAAAGCAUUGGGAUCGUUUGGUUUGAUUAGUCAUGCGCAUACCAUCAAAAUGAAGGAUUUGUCUGGUGGUCAAAAGGCGCGUGUUGCAUUGGCUGAAUUGUGUUUGAGUGCUCCGGAUGUAUUGAUUCUUGAUGAACCGACCAAUAAUUUGGACAUUGAAUCGAUUGAUGCAUUGGCUGAAGCCAUCAACGAAUACAAUGGCGGUGUAAUUAUUGUGAGCCACGACGAACGGUUGAUUCGAGAAACAAAUUGUACAUUAUAUGUCAUCGAAGAUCAAACUAUCAAUGAGAUCGAAGGUGACUUUGAUGACUAUCGUAAAGAAGUGCUGGAUAGUUUGGGUGAGGUCGUGAAUAAUCCUAGUGUUGUUGCAAAUGCAGCCGUUAUCCAGUGAUAAAUCGAAUCACAAUUUUGGCUUAUGAAAGAUAAACUCCCUUGUAUAAAAUUCUUUUUCAAACUAUUUCACUGCAUUGAUUUAAAAAAAAAAAAAAACAAUAAUAAAUUAAUUUUUGCUAAACCA